GAAAUCGUGAAACUCGUCACGCCUAGUCAAUCUGUGCCUCACUAGUAAGUGUCUUCGCAAGAGCGAUUUGCUUUAGGAUGGCAUACCCGUUUUACGUGGUCGUCUUCCUCCUAACAACCCUGUGGAUGACAGAAAGCCAAUCCGAUGUCUCUGAGUUAAGCUCAAUGACAAAUUUUUCACAAACGUCGGUAAGUGAAAUUAUUGGAAGCGAAAACAUUACUGAUGCUGGUAAUUUGUCCGGAUUGGAUAGUAAUUCUACCCAAAUGCCGAACACAAACAGCGAAGAAAAUCCGUUUAAAUCGACGAUUUGCAAACUCUGCGCUUGCCAAGAUGCCAACCCGUUGUUCCUCAUAGACUGCAAUGGAAAAAGUUUGAGAAAACCGUUUUUGGUUUCUGAAUGGCCAAGUGAUAUCUACGGUUAUAGCAUUGAGGCAAAAUUUGAUUCAAAUGAAUAUAUGGAAUUGACGCAGUUUCCAGAAUUACCGCUUUCCCGUUUGAGCUAUCGUGGGAACGGCCUUAUGUUUAUAGAAAAAGCGGCAUUCAAAUUUCUUAAAACGCUCGAAUAUUUGGAUCUGAGCGAAAAUGGUUUAACUCACGAAUCGAUCAAUGGAAAUAUAUUUGAAGGGCAGUUCAACGAAGAAGACUACGAACCGCUUCCGCUGAAAACCCUAAAACUUGGAUAUAAUAAGAUAAUCUCGAUCGAUAAGGAUGCUUUUAACCAUUUAUCCUCUCAUCUCGAAAUACUGGAACUGAACAACAAUCCUCUGAAAGUAAUUGAUCAUCAAACAGCGAUAGCCAUUACGACUUUGAGGAAACUAAAGAAAUUGAAUUUGGCGGAAACAGGAUUGGCGUCUGUGCCUAGCGGAUUGUUCCAUGCAUUACCCGCGUUGAAAAUGUUGAUUCUUGCCGGAAAUCAAUUUACCACUGUACCUGAAGAGCUACAGCACGCUAUCCAUUUGGAAUACUUUAAUUUCAAUAAUAACCCAAUCAAGUCACUUGAUGCAAAUUCGUUUCAAGGACUGAGCCAACUGAAGCAUUUGAACAUGUCUAGCAUGCGCUCGUUAGAAUGGAUCGCUGCAAAUACUUUUACGCCGCUGACAUCUAUGACUCACCUUUGGUGCUCGUUCAAUCCACUCCUUAAAGAAAUUGAUCCUGGGGCUUUCAGCAACAUGGCUGAAAUCGAUGGAACUUUACGAUUAAGCGAGUUUCAUUUUCGGGGAAACAACCUCCGAAAGUUGCCGAUCGACCUGCUUCCUUGGGCUAGCCUAGAGCAAGUCGAUGUUGGGGAAAAUCCAUUCACGUGCGACUGCAAUGUCGGAUGGGUGGUGGCAGAACUACUGCCGUUUAUCUCGGAAAAAACACCGGAAUUGACUACAACCCUACGUUGCGCGGAACCCGAAGAUUACAAGGAUGUAUUGCUGGAUUCUCUGGGAAGUGACGCAAAAAUUGUAAAUUGCACCAAUCCCGCUGAUAGCACCACUUCCGACUACGAUAAUAGCCAUGACACUAGUGGGUCCAUAAAUCCAAAGAUUUCUUCAAACAAAGGUUUGAUUAUUGUUACGCUGUUUGGAAUCAUAUCGAUCGUCGGCGGAAUGGCUUGCUUUGUUCUUCUUGCGGUGAGGAAAUCUCAUCUUCGUCAGUUGUAUGAUACCAAUUCUGGACAGAUAGUACAUUAUGUACGAACGGCUGGCGGGUCGGGUAAGCGAGAGGACGAGCAAGCAAUUGUGUACAAAGAGUUUAAUCAAUAUCAUCAAGACCCUUGAAAGCAAAUAAAAAAAAGGGUUUUAUCGUUAUUCAUUAUUUCAUGUACGUCAACAAGUUGGGGCAUCUCCUAUUAUCUUAAUUAUAUGGCUUCAGCAUUUUACGAAUCAAUUCGUGUUUCUACCGGUGGUGAAACCCCAAAAAAUAAAUAGUGCUACUAUUUCA